AUGAAUCCCUCUGAUGUUCCAGAUGAGCCUCCGCCUUCAUACGCCGAGAGUCAGAACCAGCACAAGAAGCUCCCGGCACAACCUCCACCAGCAGCAGCUGCUGCAGCUCCGCCCAAAGCAUCAUCAUCAGCAUCCCAAGCUCCUCCUCCUCCUCCAACUGCCGGCCCCAGCCAACCUCCAGCUGUCCCACGCCAAUUCCCGCCGGCGUUCAAUCUCUAUUAUCAAGGAUGGCCCAAUAAUUCUUAUACACUUGCUGAACAUCAAAACCACCCUCUAUAUCUCUACUCCGCACAUUCCGGCCUGAGUGAUCUACCGCCAAUUCUUCUACACUCUGGUCCAGGCCCGUCAUAUUCACCUCUGGCUUCUGCAAGCUUCAUGUUCAUGAGUGCUAGUUUCGAAGUCGAAUUGCCUCCAGUGCCAGGCUCGGGAGCUCCGUUGGCACGUGAAGUAGUUGAACCAGUAGGUUCCCACAGUGGUCUCGGUACAGGCUAUAGCUUUGCUAUUGAAGUCGGACCAGGAGGCAAUGGACCACGGGAGAGAUUCGAGUGGCGGCGCUCACGUGGAGAUGUCAUAGCAAGCUUGGGUGGCCAUUAUUAUGGCUGGAAGCUUGUGCGUAUGAGCCGUGGUGCUCCUGGAGGGGGGAAUAUGGCUUUUGCACCAGGCGGCUUCAAAGAUAGCCAAGGAAACGAAGUUGUUGCAGCUUGGACGAUGGGCGAUGGAAGAAGUUUAACAAAGGUUGCGCAUUUUCGAUUUAUGGGAACGGGCUUGACAGGACUUCUUGGAGAGAGAUGGGCUAUUAUGGUGGUGAUAACAGGGCUGGCCUUAUUUCACAGAGACCGAAGAUGA